UUCAAUAUCAUAAUCAGUUCAGUUAUUCUCAAUUCAAGAUUAACAAACAAAGAUUUUUUAUAAUCACAAAUAUUUCAAGUAUUUCAAAAAUAUUUUGAAGAAAAUGAAAUUCACAAUUUUUGCUGCAAUAUUUGCCGUCAUUAUUGCAAUGACAAUUGCUUAUCCAUUUGAAAUUGAUAGUAACCUAGAUGCUGGUGAAGAAUUACAUUUUGAUUCUGAUUUACAACAUGGAUUGCGUCAAAAACGUGCAACUUGUGAUUUACUUGCAAAUGAACAACUUUGUGCUGCUCAUUGUCUUCUAAAAGGAUUUAAAGGUGGUUGGUGUGAUAGCAGAAAAGUUUGCAAUUGUCGAAGAUAAUUUGAUGACUUUAGAUAAGUUUUUAAGUUUUACUUUUUAAGAUAUUGAAUUAAUUAACUAGAAGAAAUAAAAAAGAUUGUAUUAUGAGAUUAAA